AUGAUGGCCAAUCUUUUGGUGUCGUUGUUGAAGCGGUCGCUGCCCAAAAAUCUCCGAUCCAAGUUGGGCUCACAUUUGCAGGGCGGAUGGAUCAGUUCUAUGCAGUCCCUACCCCAGAAGUGGCAACUCAGCGAGCAUUGGAACAGCAUCGAAAUUAGCAUCCUAUGGCAAGGCAACCCCAUCAGCACUGUCAAGACCUUCGGGACACGACACUGCAGCCUAUGCAACAGGGAACGACUCGAGAUACUGAAACGAUCCAGAGAAUCGCCAGAAAAGCUAAUCAACUCCUGCAACGAAAUAUACGGAGCAUGCCGAAUAAACCUCGAUUUCAUAAGUACCACAAUAGCCCAAGCACUGAUGAUUCCCAAGGGGGGUGAAAAAGUCAAACAACCGAAAGUUAUCACAGAGUAA